AUGCGUAUCACCACCUGUAUCUCAUUAUUGCGUAUCAAGCAUCCGAGGAAGACGAGGAAAUGCGUAUCACCACCUGCAUCUAAAUAUUGCAAGUUCCGAAGACGACGAGGAAAUGCGUAUCACCACCUGCAUCUCAAUAUUGCCAAGCUCCGAGGAAGACGAGGAAAUGCGUAUCACCUGCAUCUAAAUAUUGCAAGCUCCAAAGAAGACGAGGAAAUGCGUAUCACCACCUGUAUCUCAUUAUUGCAAGCUCCGAGGAAGACGAGGAAAUGCGUAUUCACCACCUGCAUGUCAAUAUUUCAAGUUCCGAGGAAGACGAGGAAAUGCGUAUCACCACCUGUAUCUCGAAGACGAGGAAUGCUUCCGAAGACGACGAGGAAAUGCGUAUCACCACCUGUAUCUCAAUAUUGCAAGUUCCGAAGAAGACGAGGAAAUGCGUAUCACCACCUGCAUCUAAAUAUUGCAAGUUCCGAAGACGACGAGGAAAUGCGUCAUCACCACCAUGCAUAUUCAUUAUUGCGUAUCACCAAGUAUCCAAAGAAGACGAGGAAAUGCGUAUCACCACCUUUAUCUCAUUAUUGCAAGAAGACGAGGAAGACGAGGACAUGCGUAUCACCACCAAUAUUGCAAGCUCCAAGGAGACGAGGAAAUGCAUCUAAAUAUUGCAAGCUUCGAGGAAGACGAGGAAAUGUUCAUUAUUGCAAGUUCCGAGAAGACGAGGAAAUGAAGACGACGAGGAAAUGCGUAUCACCACCUGUAUCUCAUUAUUGCAAGCUCCAAAGGAAGACGAGGAAAUGCGUAUCACCACCUGCAUCUCAUUAUUUCAAGCUCCCGAAAGUAUCAGACGAGGAAAUGCGUAUCACCACCUGUAUCUCAUUAUUGCAAGCUCCGAGGAAGACGAGGAAAUGCGUAUCACCACCUGCAUCUAAAUAUUGCAAGUUCCGAAGACGACGAGGAAAUGCGUAUCACCACCUGUAUCUCAUUAUUGCAAGCUCCGAGGAAGACGAGGAAAUGCGUAUCACCACCUGCAUCUCAUUAUUGCAAGCUCCAAAGAAGACGAGGAAAUGCGUAUCACCACCUGAAGACGAGGAAAUGCGUAUCACCACCUGCAUGUCAAUAUUUCAAGUUCCGAAGACGACGAGGAAAUGCGUAUCACCACCUGUAUCUCAUUAUUGCAAGCUCCGAGGAAGACGAGGAAAUGCGUAUCACCACCUGCAUCUCAAUAUUGCAAGUUCCGAAGACGACGAGGAAAUGCGUAUCACCACCUGUAUCUCAUUAUUGCAAGCUCCGAGGAAGACGAGGAAAUGCGUAUCACCACCUGCAUCUAAAUAUUGCAAGUUCCGAAGACGACGAGGAAAUGCGUAUCACCAGCUGUAUCUCAUUAUUGCAAGCUCCGAGGAAGACGAGGAAAUGCGUAUCACCACCUGCAUCUCAUUAUUGCAAGCUCCAAAGAAGACGAGGAAAUGCGUAUCACCACCUGUAUCUCAUUAUUGCAAGCUCCGAGGAAGACGAGGAAAUGCGUAUCACUAUCUGCAUCUCAAUAUUGCAAGGCUGGAGAUAGACGAGGAACUGUCUGUCACCAUCUGCAUCUCAAUAUUGCAAGCUCCGAGGAAGACGAGGAAAUGCGUAUCACCACCUGCAUCUCAAUUUUGCAAAGUUGGAGAUAGACAAGGAACUGCCUGUCACCAUCAGCAUCUCAAUAUUGCAAGCUCCGAGGAAGAUGAGAAAAUGCGUAUCACCACCUGCAUCUCAAUAUUGCAAGCUCCGAAGAAUACGAGGAAAUGCGUAUCACCACCUGCAUCUCAAUAUUGCAAGCUCCGAAGAAGACGAGGAAAUGCGUAUCACCACCUACAUCUCAUUAUUGCAAGGUUGAAGACAGACGAGGAACUGCCUGUCUCCAUCAGCAUCUCAAUAUUGCAAGCUACGAGGAAGACUAAGAAAUGCGUAUCACCACCUGCAUCUCAAUAUUGCAAGCUCCGAGGAAGACGAGGAAAUGCGCUGGAGAUAGACGAGGAACUGUCUGUCACCAUCUGCAUCUCAAUAUUGCAAGCUCCGAGGAAGACGAGGAAAUGCGUAUCACCACCUGCAUCUCAAUAUUGCAAGGUUGAAGAUAGACGAGGAACUGCCUGUCACCAUCAGCAUCUCAAUAUUGCAAGCUCCGAGGAAGACGAGGAAAUGCGUAUCACCACCUGCAUCUCAAUAUUGCAAGCUCCGAGGAAGACGAGGAAAUGCGUAUCACCACCUGCAUCUCAAUAUUCUCCACCAAGCUCCAAAGGAAGACGAGGGAAAUGCGUAUCACCACCUGCAUCUCAAUAUUGCAAGGCUGGAGAUAGACGAGGAACUGUCUGUCACCAUCAGCAUCUCAAUAUUGCAAGCACCGAGGAAGACGAGGAAAUGCGUAUCACCACCUGCAUCUCAUUAUUGCAAGGUUGA